AUGCAAUAUAAGCGCACCUCCACACUGCGUCUCCUCGACUCUCACUAUCCCACCAUGCUGAGGACGUGGGUACGACGAGCGCCGCAUGUGCGGCUGCCCGCUAACGCGGCCGUGUUUCCCCUCGGCACGGGCCGGGCAGACGAGACGAGGGCGCUGCUCCGCUUCCCCGAGUCCGGGUGGACAAUCGACGACAGCAACACGGAGGGCUGGGCCAUCGUGGGCGACAGCGAGGGGCGCAGGUUAGCUGUCGAGACUCUUCUGGGACGACACCGCAUCCUCCCCGCCCAACCGGGCGGCGCUCUCCCUGUAACCCAGUCCGCGCCGCCCUCAAGUGUAGACCCAGACGCAUGGCAGGCCGUGCGGUACCUGGCCUUUGCGCGGCCGGCGGCUUCAGGCGAGUUCACAGACUACACUGCCCGUUAUGGAGCAUUGCUGGACGAGGACAAGCUCUCUUUGCGCGAGAAGCUGUCCCGUUCCGCGGCCGCUCUGCCGGGACAGGAGGACCGGCCCAUCCCCGAACAAGUCAUGGAUGGCGCGUUCACCCUCAUGGGCCUGAAUGAGCUGGCAGACCUGCCCGCCAUCGCUUUAAGCAGCGGGCAGACGCGCAGGGCACGUAUCGCCCACGCACUCAUGUAUAGACCCCGCGUCCUCCUGCUCGAGGAUCCCAUGGCUGGUCUCGACGCGCCCAGUCGCGAGCGGGUUAGGAGUCUGCUCGGACAGCUGAAUGCGAGUGGGCAGCCGCGGGUCGUGCUCGUGCUCCGGGACAGGGGCGAGGACACACUCGCCGACUGGGUCAGUAACGUUGUCGAAGUGCGCAAUGGUCGUGCGUGGCUGGGGACGAGGGACGAGUGGGUCGCCCGCCGGCGCGAGCGGGGGGAGAGGGAAGCGGCGACGUAUGCCGCGAGCGAGAGCGCCGGCCCACCGAUCAUCGAGCUGAACGGCGUCUCGGUGUCGUAUGGGCAGGGAUCCCGCCCCGUGCUCAAGAAUAUCGACUGGAGCAUCCGCCCAGGUUCAAGGUGGCAUUUGCAGGGCAGUAACGGAAGCGGCAAGACGACGCUGCUCUCAGUCAUGCUCGGCCUGCAUCCGCAAUCCUACUCGCUCCCGGCCUCGAGUCUGACCAUCUUUGGUCAGCCGAGACGAAAGCUCGCAACAACGAUUCUGCGCCGCAAGAUUGGCCAUUCGUCGCCCGAAAUCUUUGCCGCCUUCCCGCGCAACAUGGCCCUGUCGGCGUACGAUGCGAUUGGGACUGGGUUCGAGGGCGUGUUCGCCCGCCGUACUCUGACGGCUGAGCAGAAGGCCACAGUCCUGGACCUGAUUGAGCGCUUCAAGCCCUCCCUCCGCUCUGCCAAGGAUCCCGAGGACAUCCCGACGAGGGAGAUUGCACUCCGCGACUUUAGCCACUUUACGCCGCCUCAGCAGGCCCUCUUGGUCUUCCUGAGAGCGGUGGUGGGACGCCCCGAGUUACUGGUACUCGAUGAACCGACGCAGGGCAUGGAUGAGGAGAUUUGGGCGAGGUGUCGCGAGUUCCUAAAGGAGGAAUGGGAGGGUGGCGUUAAGCAGGCGGUGAUUGUCGUGAGCCACUAUGAGGACGAGGUGCCGUGGAACAAUGGCCGGGUGCUGAGGUUGAACCAGGGCGUGGCCGAGUUUGAGUAA